AUGGCAGAGCAGCCCUGCCCAGGUCCCCUUGCCAGCCUUGCGCCCCUGAACCCUCAAACCCACCCCAGGGACAAGUGGAGCAAAAAGAUGGAUUUCCUCCUCUCGGUCAUCGGAUUUGCCGUCGAUCUGGGCAACGUCUGGCGGUUCCCUUACAUCUGCUACCAGAACGGAGGGGGAGCCUUCCUCAUCCCCUACACGCUGAUGGCUGUCUUUGGAGGGGUGCCCCUCUUCUACAUGGAGCUGGCCCUGGGGCAGUUCCACAGGACAGGAGCCAUCCCCAUCUGGAAGCGCAUCUGCCCCAUCUUUAAAGGCAUCGGAUUUGCCAUCUGCAUCAUCGGCCUCUACGUCUCCUUCUACUACAACACCAUCAUUGCCUGGGCUCUCUACUACUUCUACUCGUCCUUCUCGGGCACCCUGCCCUGGGCGAGCUGCGACAACCCCUGGAACACCCCUGACUGCACCAACUACUUCGGCAGGAGCAACGUCACCUGGACCAACUUCUCCAGGUCCCCUGCCGAGGAGUUUUACACGAGGAAGGUCCUGGAGAUCCAUAAAUCCAGGGGUCUGUACGACAUAGGGGGGAUCCACUGGCAGCUGCUCCUCUGCCUCUUCCUCAUCGUUUGGGUUGAUGCUGCUGCACAGAUUUUCUUCUCCUUGGGUCCUGGAUUUGGAGUACUCCUUGCCCUGGCCAGUUACAACCCUUUCCACAACAACUGCUACCGGGAUGCUCUCAUCACCAGCGCAGUGAACUGCCUCACCAGCUUCCUCUCAGGCUUUGUCAUCUUCACCGUGCUGGGCUACAUGGCUGAGAUGAGGGAUGUGGAGGUGGAGGAUGUAGCCAGAGAUAAAGGGCCAAGCCUCCUUUUCAUCACCUACCCUGAAGCAAUUGCCAACAUGGUGGGAUCCACCUUCUUCGCCAUCAUCUUCUUCCUGAUGGUGAUCACACUGGGGCUGGACAGCACAUUUGGGGGCCUGGAGGCCGUGAUCACGGCCGUGAUGGAUGAGUACCCCCAGCUCCUGGCCGGGCGACGGGAGCUCUUUGUCCUCGGCCUCAUCACAGUCUCUUUCCUGGGCUCCCUGAGCACCCUCACCUAUGGGGGAGCCUACGUGGUGAAGCUGCUGGAGGAGUUCGGUGCUGGCUGCUCCAUCCUGGCAGUGGUGCUCCUGGAAACCAUAGCUGUGUCCUGGUUUUACGGGAUACAGAGGUUCUCCCACGAUGUCAAAGCCAUGCUGGGCUUCACCCCAGGGCUGUUCUGGAAGCUGUGCUGGGUUGCUGUCAGCCCUGCCUUGCUAGCAUUCAUAGUCAUCAGCUCCCUCCUGGACCAGCCACCCCUGACCCUCUUUGACUAUCAGUACCCCGAGUGGAGCACCUCAGUGGGACACCUCAUCGGAGCAUCGUCCUUCAUCUGCAUCCCCUUCUACAUGGUGUACAAGCUCGUCUGGACACCGGGGUCUCUCAAGCAGCGCCUCGCCGUCUGCAUCCGGCCGGAGAAGACCACGCGAGCCCCCCGGGCAGAGGUGGUGGGCUUGGCACCCAUCCUGUAG